GGUUGAACUAAUGUCAAUCAGUUAAUUUUCUUUUUAUACCACAUAAUCUGAUUGUCAAACAAACCAUAAGAGUAUUAUAACUGGUUAUUUAAUAUUGCCCAUACUAGAAAAAAGGGGAGAGAGUGCUUGCUUUGUUUUGGCAUGAAAUUACAGUUUCUCUUCAUUAAUUCCCUUGUUACUAGUGCAGUAGCUGAUGCAGUUUCAAUCUUGGGGGAGUACAUGAAGUAUGAGCCUUGGCUGAAGCUUCUGUGUAACCAUCUAAAGUUAGAUUUAGCAGAGGCAAAUGGAAAAGCACCAGAUGUUGAAAUCCUUUCAGCUGUUACAGAAAGUAACCCAGGGUCUCAGAGUGUCUUACAGGGAAAAGGGAGCGACAAAAAGAGUACAAGAACUGGAAAGCAAGCUAAAAAGGCGAAAGUGGAGACAGAAUCAAAGAACAUCAAAGAAAUGUUUUCCAGGGCGUCAAGAAGGAGAAAUUGAACCCCUGUAAGCAAAACACAGGAGAUGUGGGUCCUGAAAUUCCUGCAUUAUGGUCAAACUGUCCAAACUCAUUUUCAUGCUUGGUGCAUUGGCAUUGACUUCCAUGCUACUUUGUAGUUUAAUCAGUAGGCUGUAUUUUUGGUGAAUAUUUUUUAUCAUGUCUACUGUCUAGAUCAAUAUCUACUCUUACAUUGUAAGAUUGCUUAAUUUAACUUUGUGACUAGUGAGACCUGAUUUUGGCAUAUUCAAAAUUGAAGAAAUGGUUAACUUAAGGUAAA